AUGCGUCGCGGAUUAUCCCGUUUCCGAGUCGCGUUGCAUGUUCAGUCUGCCUGCUCUACAAUGGCUUUCUUAUCGCGCCUUCAGAGGGCGGGGCUGCUCGCCCUCUGCCUGUUCUCCCUGGUUGCUGCGUCAAUAGCUGCACCUCUCGCCGGCCCCAAGUGCAAGAACCGCUUUCCCAAAUACCCGCUGUGCAAGUUCGUCAACGACAUGGCGACGUCGUUCAAGCCCACCGUCGUCGACGCUGCCAGCGGCAAGACGCUUCAGAUUAGCGCCUACCAGAUCUACCACAAAUUUCACCGCGACCUGCCGGCGACGAAGCAGUACGCGUACGGAAUGGACGCGAAUACGGCGUCGUAUCCGGGGCCCAUCCUGAUCGCGAAGAAGGGCGUGCCUACCAAGGUGUACUGGCAGAACAAGCUGCAGGACCGCCAGCACAUGUUCACCAACGACUUCACGCUCUUCCCCGGCAUGGCCAAGCCCAAGAUGGGCGGCAUUCCCAUCGGCACGGAGGCGAGCAGGCGAGCAACUUCGACGGGCACCCCGACGUGGUUCACGCAGUUCGGCGAGGUCGGCCCCACCUUCAAGUCGCGCCUGUACCGCUACGGCAACAUGCAGAGCGCGUCGCUCAUCUGGUUCCACGACCACGCCAUGGGGUGGACGCGCCUCAACACCGUUGCCGGCCUCGCCGGCGCGUACAUCAUCGUGGAUCCCAAGGGCGACGAGAAGAACCUCCAGUUCCUCCCGCAGCCUGGCAGCGCGCGCUACGUGCCGCUCGUGCUCGCGGACCGCUCGUUCUUCGCCAACGGGUCGAUCGACUACCCGAUCAAGGGGCUCGUGCCCAACGUGCACCCGCACUGGGUGCCCGAGUACUUUGGUAACCACCUUCUCGUCAACGGCGUCGUGUGGCCGUACCUCAAGGUCCGCCGCGCGCUGUACCGCUUCCGCGUGCUGGGCGGGUCGAACGCGCGCUUCUACAACCUCAAGUUCACGUGCGCGGGACGCGGCGACUACCCCAACUUCAUUCCCCCGCUCAAGGGCCCCAAUCGGUUCGGAUGGCGGGUACCUGGCGGCGCCGGUGCGGCUGUCGUCGCUACUGGUGAUGCCGGGCGAGCGGAUGGACAUUCUGGUGGACUUCAACGGCGCGCCGGGCACUGCAAGGACAUCAUCCUCACCAACGACGCGCGCGCCCCCUACCCCGCCGGCGAGCCCACCGACGCCAACACCGGCGUCGUCAUGCGCUUCGUGCUCGCCAAGCGCACCGCGAUCCCCGCCCCGCCCAUCCCCAGCUCCCUCGUCAGCAUUCCGAAGGUAGAUCUGUGCAGCGUGGCGCGCGUGCGGUACAACACGCUGGAGGAGAUCAUGGACCCGGGCACGCAGCUGCCCAUCCGCGUGACCAUCGACGGCAAGAUGCACCACGACCCCGCCACCGAGAUCGCCAAGGAGGGCACGACGGAGCUGUGGAACAUCAUCAACCUGAGCGCGGACGCGCACGCCAUGCACCUGCACCUCAUCCAGCACCGCCCCAUCUCGCGCCGCCCCUUCGACGUCGCCAAGUACACGGCGGGCAAGUGCUCGUUUAAGGACAAGACCAAGCCCAGCUGCUACACUGGCCCGGCUGUUGACGUCGACCCCAAUGAGCGCGGGUGGAAGGACACAACCAGGGCGCUCCCUGGCGAGGUGCUCACGAUUUACACUCCGUUCUACCAGCAGUCGGGGGCGAAGACUUUCGACUUUGAUGCGAGCCUCGGCCCAGGCUAUAUGCUGGAGCACGAGGAGAAUGACAUGAUGCGGCCGCUCAUUAUCACCAAGUGA